AUGUGGAGCGGGCGGGAGUACGGCGACACGCUUAUCCGAGUGAGCUCCUGUCCGAGCGGCGGGCACUGCGGGAGGUCCGGUACGUACCUCAGCAACUUUCGCAUUUUCGAGGAAAUCUUCGCGGUCGAGCUCGUCGGUGGUGACAUUUUGCCAUUCUGCGCAACCCACGCCAGCGCCCAGCAGGCGUCCGAAAUCGGGCUUUUGAGCAGGAGACUGCUCACCUCAUGCUCCCUCCGCAACACUUCACUACGAUCAUCACAGCUGGCCAGCCAGCCUCUAUGGCUACAGCCACGUACUUUCUCGACAUCCCGCACUUUGUUCAACAACGAGUCUCUGUUCGGUGUGAAAGGUCCCCUCGCAGAGAACCCCCAAUCAUCGACGACGGCCUCCUCGACAUCGUCCUCUCCGACAGCAGCCGCCAAAAAGAAGCCCCACACUCCUUUCGCGUACGAUGCCACUUCCUCAAACUUCGAUAUCUCUCAACUCAUCGCCAUGGACUCCGACGACUUCAUGAUGAAGCACCACGCCGCUGGUCAGCAAGAGAUCGAGCUCCGAACUCGCCCGCAAACAGGCCGCACAAUCCACGUCACCGGCUCCCGCGACUUUUCCGCCGCAAUGAAGGCCCUCGAUGUCUCAACCAAGAGGAACAGGAUCAAGUCCCUUUGGCACGGGCAGAAGUUUCACGAGCGUCCAGGAAUGAGACGCAAGAGGCUCAGGAGGGAGAGAUCGAUAAAGCGAUAUAAGGAGGGUUUCGUCGCGACAGUGCGUCGAGUGCAGGAGCUGACAAACCAGGGCUGGUAA